AUGCCUGGGGUGCAAUGGCGUCAUGUUAAGUCCGAAGACAAUCCAGCCGAUUGCGCAACUCGAGGGUUUUCGUCGGAGCAGCUUCAGCAGUCUUCCCUGUGGUGGGAAGGACCUGAAUGGAUCAGUAAUGAUUGGAUGCAGGUAAUUGAUAGAUUGCCCGUGGAUGUUUCGCUAGAUGUAGUAAAUGCACAGGUUGCUGUUGAGAAGAAGGUUGACGAGAAUCAAGAAUCACAAGCGCUGUCUUAUUUGGAGAAGUUUUCGAGUUUUCCAAAGAUGUUGCGGAUUUUGGCUUGUGCUUACAGAUGGCGUUCGAAUGCGGUCAAGUCCAGAGGAAGUCGCUGCACUGGUCAUUUUACUGCUGAGGAGAUGGAGGCUGCUCGAGGCUUGCUCCGAGUUGGAGGCCGAUUGCAGCAUUCGUUCUUGCAGUUCGAUGAGAAGCACUCGAUUAUACUGCCAGCAUCUAGUAUUAUAGUCAAGAGGUUGAUUGAGGAGGUACAUCGUCAGACUCUUCAUGGAGGCGUUCAGCUGAUGCUCAGUUCCCUCAAUAGGACGUAUUGGAUUUCACGUGGGUUAAGAGUUGUACAGGGAGUUUAUCGGCGCUACCAUAGAUGUAUUCCCCAGCGAGUUUUCGCAUACACCGGUCUGGACUAUGCGGGACCGUUUCCAAUAUUGUUCUCCAAGGGCAGAGGUGCCAAGUCUACAAAGGGAUAUAUAGCGAUUUUUGUGUGUAUAGUUGUUCGAGCUGUUCAUAUUGAAGUUGUGUCAGAUUUGUCCACUGCGUUUCUAGCAGCGUUUCGCAGAUUCACCGCUCGGCGUGGACUUUGUAGGAUGGUAUUCAGCGACAACGGCACCAACUUCAAGGGCGCAGCCACAGAAAUUGACAGGUUAUUCCAACGGGCUUCAUCAGUAUCGCAGGAGGUGGCAGCUGCAUUGGCGAAGGACGGUAUAGUAUGGUCUUUUAUACCUCCUAGAGCUCCUCAUUUCGGAGGACUAUGGGAGUCGGCAGUGAGAAGUUUUAAGCAUCACUUCAAACGUGUUAUUGGAGACACGUCAUUAACGUUCGAGGAAAUGUCGACAGUAAUGUCACAAUAA